CAUCCAGCCCUGAGACAACGAACUGUGAGUAUACUUUUCCCUGGGGAGAUCUUGGAAAGGCCCCUGGGUCCCUGCCUCUCCCAAGCAGGCAGCAGACCUGGAACCAGGGCAUUACAGGAUAGAUAAGGUUAAUCACACCUGUGGCACCUGGGCCUCCUGUUGCCAUGUAAACAGCAGUCCCUAAGGUCCCUUCUUGAACCAAGCUGCCCAGUAGAUAGCUAGUCACCUUCAGGUGACAGGAGACAAAGACGUGGAGGGCCCAAGGUUCAGCCACAGUCAUAUCUAUGCACGCAGUGCCUAUCCUUUUCUGGCAUCUCCUGUGUGGCCUCUCCAGCUACUCCUCUCCUGGCCUGUGGGGUGUGGACCAUUCCCCUUCAGCAGACAAGCAAGGAAAAUGACAUCCUCCAUCUCCUGGGGGCUCCUGCUUCUGGCAGGCCUGUGUUGCCUGGUCCCCAGCUUCCUGGCUGAGGAUGCACAGAAGACAGACAGCUCCCACCAGGAUCACAUCAUGGCUUCAAACCUGGCAGACUUUGCCUUCAGUCUCUACCGGGUGCUCUCCCAUCAGUCCAAUACUACCAACAUCUUCUUGUCUCCCUUGAGCAUUGCCACAGCCCUCGCUAUGCUCUCCCUGGGGAGCAAAGAUGACACUAAAGACCAGCUUCUACAGGGCCUGCACUUCAACCUCACAGAAACAUCCGAAGCUGACAUCCACAAGGGCUUCCAGCAUCUCCUCAAAACCCUCAACAGGCCAGACAAUGAGCUGCAGCUGACCACAGGCAGCAGUCUGUUUGUCAACAACAGUCUGAAUCUAGUGGAGAAGUUUCUGGAAGAGGUCAAGAACCAUUACCACUCAGAAGCCUUCUCCGUCAACUUUGCAGACUCAGAAGAAGCCAAGAAAACCAUUAAUAGUUUCGUGGAGAAGGGAACCCAAGGAAAGAUAGUUGACUUGGUGAAAGACCUGGACACAGACACAGUUCUCGCCCUGGUGAAUUACAUUUUCUUUAGAGGCAAGUGGGAGAAGCCAUUCGAUCCAGAGCACACUGAGGAAGCUGACUUCCAUGUGGACAAGUCCACCACCGUGAAGGUGCCCAUGAUGAACCGCCUGGGCAUGUUUGAUGUGCAUUACUGCGACACUCUGUCCAGCUGGGUGCUGCUGAUGGAUUACCUGGGCAACGCCACCGCCAUCUUCAUCCUGCCUGAUGAGGGCAAGAUGCAGCACCUGGAGCAAACGCUCACCAAGGAACACAUUCACAAGUUCCUGCUAAACAGGCACACAAGGUCAGCAAACGUGCACCUCCCCAAACUGUCCAUCUCUGGGACCUAUAACUUGAAGAAAGUCCUGAGUCCACUGGGCAUCACCCAGGUCUUCAGCAAUGGGGCCGACCUCUCUGGAAUCACAACUGACGUUCCCCUGAAGCUCAGCAAGGCUGUGCACAAGGCUGUGCUGACCCUUGAUGAGAGAGGGACGGAAGCUGCAGGAGCCACUGUUUUAGAAGCUGUCCCCAUGUCUAUACCCCCUGAUGUGCGCUUUGAGAACCCAUUUGUUGUCAUAAUAUGUGAUAAACACACUCAGAGCCCACUCUUUGUGGGAAAAGUGGUGAAUCCCACACAAUAAUCACCAUUUUCUGAAGCCAUUCUUCCUCCUUUCGGACUGGCUCCCCUUCCCCCAAGUGGCAUUAAACACAGGCUGGUCCAGCCCAUGCCUGAGCGAUACUGCAAA